CACGGCUAUGCCAGCAUGAUGAACUGGCUGGCAGGUCUAUUGGACAGGAGUCUGGAGGUCUAUGGUAGAUUGGUGGCAGUGCCGUGGAGGUGUUUUGAAAGUUUUCUCACUGUGCGCGAAAAACAAAAAGCAGUACUACGCAUUCUUCUAAUUGUAACCAAACACAAAAUACACAUUCCCGAGCUACUACCCGCAUUAAUAGCUUUGGAAGAAAGACAUUGGCACGAGAUCAAGUUGGCCGAACUGUUUGGCCAAGCGUUGGCCUGUGCGAGCGAGACGGAGCGACCGGUCUCUAAGUACAGACAGUUCAUGGACAGACAGAGACAGAAGGAGGAGAUUGAUUCUUACGUUAAGUUGCUGUAUUAUGCGCAGAUUGGAAAUCCUAUGAUAUGUGACGAGUAUCAUUUCAAAAUGGUCCUGCAACUAACAGCCAGGGUAGUAGGCCACACGAAGUCCAAAUGCCUCCGCAUACUAUCCACCUACAUAUCCCACACCGAACAGACGGAAUUGCUGUCUACCCUCGACAUCUGCAGUCUCCUCAGAGAGCUGCCUUCAGAGAGUCUGAAGCUGGUGUCAGAUGCGCGGUGCUUGACUCGAGGGAGGGUGGUGGGCGGGGUGGUGACGUGUGUCAGUCACAGUGACAGGGCUGUCAGGGGACUUGCUGUGACGGUGAUGUUGAAUGUUUUUGAAGAUCUUUUCGGCCCAAAAUACGGCGAACCGUCAGCUAAGAUUCCAAAAUCACACCCGAGCAAAAUACUACACAACAUCGAGUCACCCGAUACGUAUACUAGCUCCGUUAUUGAGAGUAUAUCACUGGCUGUGACUGAUAGUGAUGCGGGUAUAGCUAGUAACGCGAGAGAGAGGGUAGCCAAGUGUUUGAACGGAGACGAUAUGAAGAUCAGACUAGCAGAAAGCUUCCUCAUAUCGUUCUGCAUGCCAGCCACUAUGAAUAAGAAUCGAGAGCCGUCUGUCUGUGCGUCGGCCUUCUUCGACCUGCUAUUCAGAGGCCUGAGGGGCCAGGAGAGGUUUAAACUCGCUAAACUGAGAGAGGAAGCCUUGGAUUUCAGGGAUCCACUUUCGAUGUCUUCAAAGCUGAUAACGAACACAAGGACGUAUCAAGGCUCCUUUUUGAGUACUAUGGGAAAACGAGCCCGCAUUAAACUAGAUGAAACUCAAAGUGGUAUUAACGUUCAAAUACCAAUCGAUGACAUCUUAGGAUCGUUUCUAUCGUUUGCUAAGGACAAGCCAGACGUGUCUCUCGCCCUCUGCGUCGAAGUAUCCCGCAUGAUUCUGGCCAACGGUCGCGGGUUCGACACCCGCUCGAGCCUGUCGCGACAGCUGUGCGACAUGUUGGCAUCGGUCGGCGAUGGUACUCCAGUAGCGGUCGAGAUGGCGAGGCUCAUGGUGGAUAAUAUGAAGACUGUUAUUGAGUGA